GGCAGCUGCUACACCUGGCACUAGUGUAAGCUUACCAACUUCAUCAGCUGCUAAUCCGCGCCUCACAUUUCCUUCUGUUUUCUCUACAUGCUCUGUACCCAAAAACCCAUUAAGAUACCCUCGAAAUAUUCACUCGCAUGUUAAAUUUUCAAGAAUUUCUCCACUAUCCGCUUCGGCAAUGUCUUCUGGUGUGAAAGAGGUGCUUCCACCUGCUCUUGAUUCUUCUUCAGAACCACCUGCCAUCUUUGAUGGUACUACCAAGUUGUACAUAUCUUACACAUGCCCUUAUGCGCAACGUGUAUGGAUUACAAGGAACUAUAAGGGAUUGCAGGAUAAGAUAAAACUGAUCCCUAAUGACCUGCAGAACAGGCCUGCCUGGUACAAGGAGAAAGUUUACCCACCCAACAAGGUGCCAUCUCUGGAACAUAAUAAUGAAGUUAAAGGAGAGUCUCUUGAUCUGAUAAAAUAUCUGGAGGGAAACUUUGAAGGUCCUUCACUUCUUCCUGACGAUCCAGCCAAGAGAGAGUUUGCAGAAGAGUUGCUGUCCUAUACCAACUCCUUCAAUCAAGCUGUGGUUUCUUCUUUCAAGGCAGAUUCAAUUAGUGAAGCUGGUGCUGCCUUUGAUUACCUUGAGAACGCCCUUGGCAAAUUUGGGGAUGGUCCCUUUGUCCUUGGAACUUUUAGUCUGGUAGAUAUAGCUUAUGCUCCGUUCAUUGAGAGGUAUCAACCCUUCUUGUUGGAUGUGAAGAAGUAUGAUAUUACAGUGGGCAGGCCAAAACUGGCAGCAUGGAUUCAGGAGAUUAACAAGAUUGAGGCUUAUGAAGUGACAAAACGUGACCCAAAGGAGCUUGCAGAAGCCUUCAAAAGGCGUUUCUCGUCUCGGCUCUGAGCUGUCGCAAUCCCCAGAUAUUUCAUGGAAAUGGAACAAGUAUACUCGUCAUCUCCGAGGAAUUUUAUGAUGCAAGAUUGUACCUCGCCUGUAACACCUGUAAUAAAAGCCACUAGUUGAUCUCAGUAAUCAUUGUUAGAAGUCUUCUGGUUGUGAGCAGCUGCUUGAAUAACUUCUGUGGACUUAAUAGUCAGCUUUAUCUUUACUUGUCUGACGGAUGCUUGGUAUUCUCUUGAU